UUUAAUAAAACGAUUUAUUGUGAUAAAUGUAAUCAACUCACAAUCAUUUAAGAUAUGGCUGGAAUAUUCGACAUUGAGUUACAUGAUGGUGAUAACGUGCCUCAGGAUGAGUCCGACGAUGACAUUAUCGAGGCUGCUGAGGGAGAGUACGAUACUAAUCCCAACGUAAAUGCUAUUUUAGACUCGGAAAAUGUCGAGAGGGUUCAGUUGUCCGAGCAGACUGUCAAUCCAGGUCAGGAGAAGGUCGGUCCCAAGGACUUUGAGUUGUGCAAAAUUCUCGGUGAAGGUGGCUACGGGAAAGUCUUUCAAGUACGCAAAGUCUCAGGCAAGGACAAGGGGAGUAUAUUCGCGAUGAAGGUCCUCUGCAAGGCCUCAAUAAUUCGCAACCAGAAAGACACAGCUCACACGAAGGCCGAGAGGAAUAUCCUGGAAGCUGUGAAGCAUCCCUUUAUCGUCAACCUGAUUUAUGCCUUUCAAACCGGUGGAAAACUCUAUCUCAUUUUGGAGUACCUCUGUGGAGGGGAACUCUUCACUUAUCUUGACAGAGAGGGCAUAUUCCUGGAGGACACAGCGUGCUUCUAUCUGUCUGAGAUCAUCCUCGCCCUCGAACACCUCCACAAGCUGGGCAUAAUCUACAGGGACUUGAAGCCAGAGAAUAUCCUGCUGGACAGGGAGGGACACGUCAAACUCACUGACUUCGGGCUGUGCAAGGAACACAUUGGGGAAGGCAUUGUCACUCAUACUUUUUGCGGUACUAUCGAGUACAUGGCACCAGAAAUACUGACGAGAAGUGGACACGGCAAGGCUGUGGAUUGGUGGAGCCUGGGGGCCCUCAUGUAUGAUAUGUUGACUGGAAUGCCCCCGUUCACAGCGGACGGUCGAAAAAAAACAAUUGAAAAAAUUCUGAAAGGCAAACUAGCAUUACCCCAAUACUUGACCCCAGACGCCAGAGACCUAAUAAGAAAGCUGCUGAAGAGGCAGGUCACUCAACGGCUUGGCUCAGGCCCGGAGGAUGCCAAGCAGAUAAUGAGUCACAACUUCUUCAAUAACAUUAACUGGCAGGACGUUAUAUCAAGGAAACUCGAGCCACCAUUCAAGCCAGUUCUCAAGAGCGCUGAUGAUACUUCACAGUUCGAUGAACAAUUUACACAAACUGUUCCCGUCGACUCACCUGUGGAGAGCACUCUCAGCGAAUCCGCCAACAUGAUUUUUCAGGGCUUCACUUACGUCGCCCCAAGUGUCCUCGAGGGCUUGUACAGCCAGUCCAAGGUGGGAAAUUCACGGAGUCCAAGGAGAAAUUAUCUGGGGACCAGCCACGGGGGCAGGGAAUCCUCCCCCAGAAGCUUGGACAUCAGUAAUCGAACGCAUUUUCAAACUCAACAGAGGUUUCAUCCACUCGGCCACAACAGUAUGGAGGACACCGAAAUGAUGGACAUCGGCCACCUCUCGGGUAACGCAUAGCCAACCGGAAAAACCUCUCCAAAAACUGCCGAAAAGUCCCCGUGAGCCCCAAAACUUGCUUCAUAAUUUCCUUCCAUCGCAUUAAUUUGGCAAUUUAUUAAUGGGCCACUGGGACAUUAAUUCUCUUGGUAUCGUUUUCAAGUGUAUAUAAAUUAUAAUAUAAAACGUGGGAAAAUGGGCAAUCGACUGUGAAUUUCCAGAACGAGGCUCUUCAUUUUUAUUAUAUGAACACUGUCUGUUGCUUCCUUUUGUAUGAGCCUUCUAGAAUCCAUUGCGUGCUAAUUUAUCCAACUGCUCAGCACGAAAAAAAAUUAUCAGAAUGGGAAAUCAACUGUCAUUUGUUAGUAUUGAAUUAUGAUUAGUUGAUUGGGAGAAAGGGGGAUGAAAUGGAAUGGUAUUGAUUUUUGUUGUUUGAGAAUCAAGUGGAGGAGGCGAAGUCGUCACAGAGUCAUCACUCCAUUCGUUUCUCCAAUUACAGCUGUGAGAUCCCUCACAAGGUCCUCAAGACCUUUUAUCAUUUAUUCUCAAUAAUAGAAAUCCAUAAAAACUUGUCUGAAGAGGCAUUCGGAUACCCAAAACUUCCUCCAUUCUUUCUGAUACCAUUUCACUUUGUCCCAUAAUUUUUCUCAAUUGUGUGAUUGGCUUUUUCUUUUGUCAAUGAUUGUAGACUCCAUCAAGGUAAAUAUGGUUUUGCAAUAUAAAACUGUCUAGUUAAAUUUUUCAAUCUCAAGUACGGAGAAACAGUUGUUGACUACAAUAACGUGCCUAGCAGAGCGUGUGAUUCGAUUUUGAGGGAAUGUCUGUUGUUUUUGGUGGAAGAGGGGAGGGAGGCUUUACCGAUGGAAAGAUUUUCCCGAAAAAGCAUGCGCUUUAACUCGGGAAUUUCAUUGAAGUUUCUGUCAAAAAAAAAAAUCUCUUGAAGUUGCUCGAAAAAAACCCGUCCACUAAUAUUUUUUUCUCUGCCAAUAAUUCUCGUUAUCUCGAAAACUCCUUCGCUGAGGACAAAAUGUCAUAAGGCCUUUUUUAUAACUGACUAAAUUCCCCACAAAAAUGCCUUUUCACAUUUUUCUCUUCCGUCGCUCACUUCCGAGAUUAUUAAGCAUUCACCGACACCUGAAAAUUUAAUGCUCAUUUCCCCCUGCAACGACUUCCUGCUGCAUUUUCAAUAAACAAACACCAUCGAUAAACAAAAAAAGCAGCAUUAUCCUCGAUGUGUCCCCGGUGCUUUCCACGAACCACAGAAAAAAAACUAUUUAAAAAACUUAAAAAAUCUAUAAUAAAUAAUUGUGUUAGCUUCUCUCGUCCUUUGCCACCACGUGUAAAAAAAUAAUGACAAUGAUUGCGCUCAUGUUGCCGCUACCAUGUAAAUAGAAAAAAAAUAUAUAUCUCCAGUGAAGGUGUACUCUACAUCACCCGGAAAAAUCAACAGACGAGUUGAUUCUUCACUCACCAAUUAUAUUUCUUUUGCAGUUUUAAUGAAAAAUAAAUAUUGCAGGUUGAA